UAUCGAUGACGUCCGAUCCGGUGCGCGGUGAGAGGUCGGUGAGUUUUGUGUCCGUUAAAUCAAAACAGUCCAGUUUCGGUAUUUACACUGACAGCGAGCCGUACCGAGCUUUUAACAGCAUGAUAUGAAUAGAUUUGAUUCCAAGUGAUACAUAAAAAACUUGCUCAUCGGUUGUUUUCGCUGUUGGCAGCAGACUCUGAACGAUGAGAAUAAAUGAAAACACGCUGCUAGAGGGGAAGCAUGUUGUGCUGGUUCCCUACAACGCUGAACAUGUACCCAGGUAUCACCAAUGGAUGGCCUCUCCAGAACUGCAGAAGCUGACCGCAUCUGAGCCUCUGACUCUGGAGGAGGAGUAUGAAAUGCAGAGAAGCUGGAGAGAAGACAAUGAUAAGUGCACAUUCAUCAUCCUGGACAAGCAACGAUGGGCAGAUCCCAGCUUUCCAGAGGAGGAGUGCAUGGUGGGGGAUGUGAACAUCUUCUUGACAGACCCAAGUGACCCAUCCCUGGCAGAACUGGAGCUCAUGAUUGCAGAGUCCAGCUACAGAGGUAAAGGACUUGGCAAAGAAGUGGCACGCAUGAUGAUAUGCUAUGGAAUCAACAAACUUGGAGUCAAAAAAUUUGAAGUCAAGAUUGGUUUGGAGAACAAAGUCAGCAUAGCUAUGUUCAAGAAGAUCCACUUUCAUGUGCUUUCCAGCAGUGAGGUGUUCCAGGAAAUCACUCUCGGCUUGACCGUGAAUGAGGCAUUACAGCAAGAGCUGCUGGCCACCCUGGACUUUAUGCAGGAGAGAGAGUAUCAAAAACUGAAGAAUUACAGGCAUGAGGGGAAAAACUCUUCAACCAUGCCAGCUCAUCAAAGCUAAGGUCAGGUUUUAGAGUGAGUUUUCAAAUAUACUGGUCAUGGUACCACACCUACAGUCCCACAAAAGCCACAGAGCAACUGGAGUAAAAUAAAAAAAAAAUAUUUCAUACAUCAGUGCAUCACUAAAGGCAACUAAAAAUGUAUUGUUAUGUACAGACUAUAUUAGGGUCUACCAAUGAUUUGCACAUCUCCUGUUUUCCUCUUUGUAAAUGUAUGUUUUGAAGAUUGCCUCAACAUUGUUUUUAGCCUACUUUUUGCAAAAUCACCAGUGCAAUGAUGGAUUCCACCAAUUAUUGAAGAUUUCUGCAUAAAUCAUUUAAGAUAAAAAAUAGCCAUCGAGAGUGAUGUAAACUGGUGCACUAUAAAAAAAACUUACCAAAAAGGAUUUCUUUAUAAUGGGGAUAAUCUAAGGUUCACAUUGUCUACAACACAAAUAUAACCACUUGAUUUAUUAAACAAGUCCACCAGUGAACAUUAUAUGUAAUGCUGAAGGCAAAAAGUGGUAAAUCUGAAAAACUUUGGGUACUGCUAGGUACUAUUUGGCUGUACAGCACGUAUAUAUUAAAGUAUAUUUCAAGCCAAAACUUUAUCUAAAGACUACAGUAAAACAAAGUCUUAGUCAUCAGGCAAUGUGUUCACAACCAUUUUCUGUGAGGGAGAUUUUAGAAGCUUUAGAUGCUUCAGACAUCUGGUCUCCAUUGCUACAACUGUGAAGGAUUCUGGCAUAGUAUUUUUUUUUUUAUAUAAGAAAAGGAGCAUUUCACAUCAAACCACUAUAAACUACUUUCUUUAAAUCUUAAUAAUUUGGUUAUGUGGAAAAUUUGAGAAAUUGGUGGAAUUUUAAAAAGAGGGAUUACUUAAACAAACUAAACUAUAAACGGUAGUUAAUCCAAACUGUUGUUAUUGUAUGAUUGUGAAUGUUUGUAAUUAUAAAUGUAAUGCAAAAAGAGAACAUGCAUAUGAAGCUCUGAUAUUAAAUAUGAAUACAUAUGAAUGAAUUUAUUUAAACAGUUAGUGUUCACAGUUAUAAGAUCCCUGAAUUUCAACCAAAAUCAAUAAAACUACCACUGUGCACUAA